AGCACCGCGGACUGACAACAUCCGGCGAACUCCAAAAAGGAAAAUUCAGGUUAAAUAACGUUACUAGUGGGUCAUUGGAGGAACAGUCGGCUACUGGAAGGACGCAGGGGACGUAUCAUAAUAUAACUUGUAUAGAAAACCAUGCUGCUUCGUAAAGUGAGCCAGUCCUCCGCACUGUGCGGCUCCAUUCUCAGGAUUCCUCCCGUGCUGUCUGGAGGUCAGCGUCAGCCCGGGGCUGUGGUUGCUGUGAAAAAUGCCCGUCUCUACGCAAGCCAAGCUGCAGAGGCGGUGCUGGAGAAGCCUGCAGCAGUCGGCAGUGACACUGCCAGUAAAGUGGAAAAGAAGACAGUUGCUGCUGAAUCCAAAUCAUUUGCUGUCAACAUUUUCAAGGGGCAGAUAGCGACUGCCCAAGUGUUCCCCUACCCCUCAGCCCUGAAUGAGGAGCAGGAGCAGUUUCUUCGAGAGCUUGUGGGGCCUGUCGGCAAAUUCUUUGAGGAGGUGAAUGAUCCUGCCAAGAACGAUGCCUUGGAGAAAGUCGAAGAUCACACCAUGGAGGGCCUGAAGGAGAUGGGUGCCUUUGGCCUACAGGUACCAGCUGACCUGGGCGGCCUCGGCCUAUCAAACACACAGUAUGCCCGGCUAGUUGAGAUUGUUGGCAGUCAUGACCUGGGUGUUGGCAUCACUCUGGGGGCCCACCAGUCCAUUGGCUUCAAGGGCAUUCUGCUUUUUGGUAAUCCAGCCCAGAAGGAGAAGUACCUGCCCAAGCUUGCCACAGGUGAGCAUUUAGCCGCCUUCUGCCUAACUGAACCUGCCAGUGGCUCUGAUGCCGCCUCCAUCAAAACCACAGCUGUUCAGUCCCCCUGCGGACAGUACUUCACUCUCAAUGGAAGCAAGAUCUGGAUCAGCAAUGGAGGUCUGGCGGAGAUCUUCACAGUGUUUGCCAAGACACCCAUGAAGGAUCCCAAGACCGGAGAGAUGAAGGACAAGAUCUCAGCCUUUAUCGUGGAGAGGAGCUUUGGAGGAGUGACACAUGGCCCUCCAGAGAAGAAAAUGGGCAUCAAGGCGUCCAACACCGCCGAGGUCUAUUUCGAUAAUGUUCGCGUGCCAGCUGACUGCUUGUUGACCGAGGUGGGCGGAGGUUUCAAGGUGGCCAUGAACAUCCUGAAUAACGGACGCUUUGGCAUGGCGGCCGCCCUCUCCGGCACCAUGAAGGGAGUCAUCACCAAAGCUGUGGAUCAUGCUGCCAACAGAACCCAGUUUGGGAACAAGAUCCACAACUACGGAGCCAUCCAGGAGAAGAUGGCUCGCAUGACCAUGCUGCAGUAUGUCACUGAGUCAAUGGCCUACAUGAUCAGCGGUAACAUGGACAGUGGAGCGACUGAAUUCCAGAUAGAAGCUGCCAUCAGCAAGAUCUUUGCCUCUGAAGCAGCAUGGACUGUGACUGAUGAGUGUAUUCAGAUUAUGGGCGGCAUGGGUUUCAUGAAGGACGCUGGUGUGGAGAGGGUGAUGAGGGAUCUGAGAAUUUUCCGAAUCUUCGAGGGCACCAACGACAUCCUGAGGCUCUUCGUGGCCCUUAAUGGCUUCCAGAAUGCUGGUAACCAGUUGAAGAGCUUACAGAAGGCCCUGAAGAACCCUCUUGGCAAUGCUGGGUUGCUCGCAGGAGAACUCACCAAGAGAGCCAAAAGGAAGGCAGGUUUGAGCACAGGUCUGACACUGCAGGGAACUGUACAUCCUGAGCUGGCACAGAGCGGUGAACUGACCACUAAAGCCAUCGAACAGUUUGGAGCAGUCAUCGAGGAGCUGCUGAUCAAACACGGCAAGAAGAUCAUUGAUGAACAGUUUGUUCUGAAGAGAGUCGCAGACAGUGCCAUCGACCUCUACGCCAUGGUGGUGGUCCUGUCCAGGGCUUCACGCUCCCUGAGUCAGGGCAAUGCCUCAGCUCAGCAUGAGAAGAUGCUGUGUGAGACCUGGUGUGUGGAGGCCCAUGAUAGGAUCAUGCAAGACAUCAAGAGUCUGCGCUCCAGUCAGUCCAGACAGCUCUUCAAGAACUUGCGGGCCAUCUCUUCAGCCGUGGUGGAGAACGGAGGAGUGGUGGCUCCUCACCCUCUGGGUUUCUAAAUGCACCACGCUCCCCAUAUCUUCAUGUCUGUUUUCUUUCUUUUUUUUUUUUUUCUAUAUCUCUAACCAGGUUCAGGGUCAUCUAUGCCAGGUCCUCUCAGACUUUACAGAUUUAUUACAGCCAUAUUUGCUCCAUCACACAUCGGUACCCUAGUAUGUGCGUUGUGUUAAUAAGCUCAUAUAGUGAGUUGCACAACUUUGGGCUGAAUGAAUCAUUGGUUUUACACAGAAAUCACAGUUUGAAACCUGUUUUUCUGUCACUUAUUUAUUGAAUUCUGACUCAAGCCCUCUGGAAUUUGAGCUGGAGUUUUAAUCUGUAUGAAAUAAGGAUUACUUAAAAUUGGUCAGGACAGAUGGGUCAAUAGGACAGAAAAAUUACUAUUUCCACAAAUGAUUCAGCCCUACUACCAGCUGACAGAUAAAUAUGUCAAUGCAACUUUGAGAUAGAGGCCAGUUAACAGAGGAAGCUUUAAACUUAAUUGGUUUAUAACUCAAACAGAAACUGCGCAGCAGUUAUAUACUGCCAGUGAGAACAUGUUGAGACUGCUGGAUGCAGCUCGAUCACCUUCACGCGACACUGGCCAUUAGUUGACUCACUUGCAGCGUUGAGUGCUGAUGAACCAAACUUUCUUCUGAGUUUCCACAGUUUACAGAACCAGAGAAAAGGCAUGGCCGUCCACCAGCAGCCAUCCCAUGUGGUGUCAGUGAUGACCACUACUACCCAAGGCCCUGGGACAUGGAGCACCGGCCUCUGCGAUUGCUGCAGUGAUAUGGGCACCUGGCUCAUGCUGUGAUGACUGCUGCAAGUUGUACUGGUGUUACCCGUGUGUCUGGUGCCAGAUGAAUCGUGAGCUGAAGAUCAGGGGCAACCGUUCAGGCAACACUGCUGUGGUCACCACACAGGUCAUCAGGGGAUAACGCUGAGAAUAGGCAUAGAGCAUGUUUGCCGACUAUUAUCCUUAAUGUCCUAAUGCCUACAACUCCAACUGUGUACUUUUGCAAAACAACAUGACUUUUCACCAACUUUUAGCAGUUAGCACUGAGCACCUUCACGUUGUGUAGUAGUGAUGUGCCGUUUGUAUUGCUUACAGUAGAUUUAGCUUCUUUUUUUUUAGAAUUAACUUAGCUGUUCAAAGCCUGGAAUUCACUGUUGAAGCCAGACGUUUUGAGUUGAAUGUUAGCAUUUUAUCAUUUGGAGCUUUUGAUACUGUAUGAUGUCAGGUCAGGUUGCUACACUCUGGCUAAUAAAAUAUUGCUAUUUCAGUUAA